GAAGAUGAGAAAAAGGAUGAAGAAAAAGAAGACCCCAAAGGAAUUCCUGAAUUUUGGUUAACUGUUUUUAAGAAUGUUGACUUGCUCAGUGAUAUGGUUCAGGAACACGAUGAACCUAUUCUGAAGCACUUGAAAGAUAUUAAAGUGAAGUUCUCAGAUGCUGGCCAGCCUAUGAGUUUUGUCUUAGAAUUUCACUUUGAACCCAAUGAAUAUUUUACAAAUGAAGUGCUGACAAAGACAUACAGGAUGAGGUCAGAACCAGAUGAUUCUGAUCCCUUUUCUUUUGAUGGACCAGAAAUUAUGGGUUGUACAGGGUGCCAGAUAGAUUGGAAAAAAGGAAAGAAUGUCACUUUGAAAACUAUUAAGAAGAAGCAGAAACACAAGGGACGUGGGACAGUUCGUACUGUGACUAAAACAGUUUCCAAUGACUCUUUCUUUAACUUUUUUGCCCCUCCUGAAGUUCCUGAGAGUGGAGAUCUGGAUGAUGAUGCUGAAGCUAUCCUUGCUGCAGACUUCGAAAUUGGUCACUUUUUACGUGAGCGUAUAAUCCCAAGAUCAGUGUUAUAUUUUACUGGAGAAGCUAUUGAAGAUGAUGAUGAUGAUUAUGAUGAAGAAGGUGAAGAAGCGGAUGAGGAAGGGGAAGAAGAAGGAGAUGAGGAAAAUGAUCCAGACUAUGACCCAAAGAAGGAUCAAAACCCAGCAGAGUGCAAGCAGCAGUGAAGCAGGAUGUAUGUGGCCUUGAGGAUA